AUGUAUGUUGACCAUAUAACAUUACAAGACCUCAUAAAAUAUCAAGGUGUCAAAUGUGAAGUGUUGCAAGGAUACUAUUACGAUGGAAACAGAGAUAUUAGAAUAAGAGAUGAAGUAAAGAAGUUGUUUGAGUUAAGGUUAAAGUAUAAGAAAGAAGGAAAUCCUUUGCAAGAAAAUAUAAAGCUCAUUCUGAACAGUAUUUAUGGCAAAACUAUUCUAUCUCCUAUUGAGUCAAAAAUAACCAUAGUAAAUGACAAAGAUGCUAUAAGAUAUGCCAUCAGAAACUACAACCAUAUAGUGAAGUUCGAAGGUUUGGAUGGUUCAGAUAAAACUAUUUUCAAGCUAACGAAAAGCAUUUGCAGACACUUUAACUUCUGUCCACUUGGUGUUAACAUUCUGUCUAUGUCGAAGAGAAUAAUGUGUGAAGUAUUCUGUACUGCUGAGGACUUAGGAAUGGACAUCUUUUAUAGCGAUACGGACAGUAUGCAUCUCUACAAUGAAGAUAUCCCUCGUUUAGCUGAAGAGUUUGAGAAACGUUAUGGAAGAGUUCUCAUUGGUAAAAACCUUGGUCAAUUUCAUAGCGACUUUGCAGAAAUCACAAAAGAUAAACAAAGUUUAGCAUACAAGUCAAUAUUUUGUGGAAAGAAGACUUACAUAGACUUACUCACGAAUGAUUUAAAUGAAGUUGCAUUUCACUGCAGAAUGAAAGGCGUGAAGCAAGAUGUUAUUGCUUUAACCGCUAAUGAAAUGUUUCCUGACUCUGUUCAGUGUUUCUAUGAUGAAGAUAAAGGUUUAAUGGUUCCGCAAGGAACAUAUGACAAAGACUCUGAGUUCA